AUGUGGUACUACGAUCAAAGCUGUUGGCCAGUGGCCUUAUCGCAGCGUAAUUGCUCAUUCGCUAUUCCACCAGAUCGAGGUAUCACCGCCGAACAUCGGCCUAUUAUUCUUCAGGCAGACUCCAGGCAUUUAACAGGAACUAUUUUUGAAGAUGAAUCUUUUGAUCAUGUUUUAAGUCAUCCUCCUUAUAAAAACUGUGUUGAAUAUUCAACUCAUAUUGACGGAGAUUUAUCAAGAUUUGCAAAUUCUAAAGAAUUUGCAAUAGAAAUGAGUAAAGUUAUCGAUGAAACUUGGAGAGUUACACUAGGUAUUGGAGACAAUAGAGAACAUUGUUUUUAUGUUCCAGUUAGCUUCAAUUUAUUCCGUCAGUACAUAGAUCAAGGAUUUGAAUUAGAAGAACUGGUUGCAAAAAGGCAGAGAUAUUGUCAAGCCUUUGGAUUGGGUACCUACCUUUGUGUGCAAUACGAUUUCUUGAUGUUUACACAUGAAUUUAUUGCUACUUUCAAAAAAGUUGAUAAAGAAAAAAACGAUCUUAUGUUAAGCACACCUGAUGAUUCGAUAUUAGACGAAUAUAUAACAGUUUCAAGCAAAUUAAGAGAAAUUCCAAUUCUUCCUAUCGCGCGUAAGAGUGUUGUUAUGGGCACAACAUGGACAUUUAAACCUACGUCAAAACAUAGUUUUGUGCAACUUUGUACAUCAAGAAUGGUCGAAAGGUUUGGUAGAGAUUAUGCCAAUUUUGAAGAAAUAUCGAUAGAAUUCAAAAAUAUAGAG